AUUCAUUCUUUCCUGGGUGUUCACUCACUGUUGAUUCUGGAAACGUCAUUUUCAGAGAUGGCUGAUGUUGCUGUUGUUGAGCUUAGUGAUCUUCACGAGUUACUGGAGGAGGUGGAGCUGCAAAUAGACGAUACUGCUUUUUCACUGACCAAACUUCUAGAGACGACUUCGGUUUUAUCAUCACAAAUGGAAGACCUUGCUGAGAAAUGCAAAGAAAAUGCUACUUUUCUAAAGACCUGGAGGGAUCUGUUGAAAGAGGGGUACGCCUCUAUGAAACCAACCACUUGAUGCAAUAAAUUCACAUUUUGUUUUCAAAUUUUGUUUGGUCAAAGUAAAGGUCGUAUUUAAAGGCAAAAGGCCAUUAAACUCUCAACAUAACUUAAAAUUGUUGAGACAAAAGACGUUAAAUGUUUAUUUUCAAAGUGGAUGUCCCUUUGGUAAGAAUCAUAUUUUGCUCCCCUGCAACAGAGUCCAUUCUCUUGGUGGCCCGUACAAUGCCUACAUUUAGUUGUUAGAAAGGAAUAAAUGAUUAUGCCAUUAAA